ACCAGCGUCGCGUCACUCAGCCCUCCAAUUUCUUCGCGCGCGGCCGCGACAGCGGAAUAGCCAUGGCCCCUCCCGCCAUUUUCCCGGGUGUUCGCUCACUCGCUCCCUCCAGUCUAAGGGCCGUUGGAACCGCCAUGGCAGGCCGAGAGAAAACUGUGUACGGGGAGAAGCCAUGCUGAGGGCUGGAGUCCUCAUGGCCACAUUGCUGGUUUUGGUGCCGGUCACAGGCUCUCUCAUACUGGGCCGUCUACUUGUGCUAUGGGAACUGUGGCCGGGGCACAUAGUAGAGUAUCAACAAGUAUUCGUAGCAGCCACUAAAAAUUAUUUGUACAAAACAUCACUGCAUAUGAUCUUAGACCAGUCAACACAGAAAGGACUCAACAGAAAUUACAAACGCUUCAGUACAAAUUUAGAAAUACCUGGGGGAAAUGCUUACAUGAAUCGUCAACAGAAAAAGUUGCUAAAAUACAUAAUCUCAUAUAAUAUAAAUUCUGAUCUAAUUAAAAAUGCAAGCAGAAGAGUACAAGUUUCAAGAAAGUAUUUAGGAACAAGAAAGCUAAUUUUGCGAGGAAAAUAUGAUGUAACAAGCAUACUCAAGAGUAUUCUACGAAACAUAAAAUGUGCAAGGUAUAAUCUGAACAGGAAUUGGUAUAAUGUUUUAAAUGGAGUUAGAAAGAAAUCAGAAAUUAAAAAGUUGAAGCAAUUACAAAUAACAUAUUUUCAAAAUAGUCAUAAAUACAUAGAUGCUAGGCCACCAUUGGCUUGUAUAACAAUUCAAACAAAUAUGUUAUUAGAAGCUGAAGAAGCACAUGCCAAAAAAAGUCAGGAAAGUUUGGGAGCAAUUGUGUUCGGAUUAGUAAAACAAAAGAUAAGAAGAGGAAGAAGGUUUACUGAAACUAGGAUGCUGCAAAAGAAACUAUACAAGAACAUGUAUAGAAUACUAGCUUAUGUCAAAGAAAGAGAAUUUUCUAAAAAGAACAAAAAUAUUUACAAUAAAUAUCAGUAUAACAUGUUUACAGAUGUAGAAAACCCACUAAAUGCAGAAAGAAAAGUCCAACAUAUGGGAUUUAAGAAAUAUGGGCAGUUGUCUAAAACUUUUCAGCAGAAAUCAAGCUUUCUUCUCAGAGAAAAGAUCAAAGUGCAAAAGAAGAAAACAAUAACUAAAAAAUAUGUUAAUGAACAUAAGUUUCUAUUUACAGAUGCAUUUACUCACAAAAGUGGUAGUGAUAGCGUACAGAAGAUAUUCCCAGCACAUAACACUGUAUUGUCUAACACAGAAAAAAAGCAGUUUGUGUUUAAAAGUAAAAAAUAUAGAAACAAAAAAUUGAUAACAAAACAAGCCAAUGUGCUUGGAUCUAAAAAAGAAAGUAAAUCUGGAGGAAAUGGAAUAGACAGAUCAUCAAAAAUGUACUAUAUGCUGCCUCCCAUUAUAAAUCCUAUCUUUCCAUCCAUUACAUCAAUUAUUAGUGUAGGGUGUGAAAUGCUUAGUUCAGAAGUAUACCAAGCAAAGUCAUCAGUCUACAUGAUGGAAAUGUUGAAACAUCUCAUGCAAACUUCUCAGAGUGUAAAGAAUAAAUUUGUUAGUGUUGCUCAGAAGGGAUUUAGACUUUCAUCUCUGAAAACAUUCAUGGCAAGAAAGCAUUGUGAUGCAGAAGAUAGUUUAUCAAUCUUAUUACAUCUCCAUAAACGCAUUAUUCAACGCCCAUCAGUUGGUGAAAGAACAAAACGAUCAGUAAAAGAAGAAAAGGUGUCUGCAAAAGGAGAAAAUAUACCAGUGUCUGUAGAUUUUUUGUUACGUGUAAGCUCUGCUCUUGUAGCAGGUGCUACUAUUUUUGGAAUAGCUCUAUUUGCUUUGGCAUUAGCAGCAUGUUACCUGUACUUUAACCGAAGGCAACUUGGUGAGUUUAUCGAUGUUGUGUUGAAAGGUGCAGAAUCCCAAAAUGGAGCAAAGACCACUGAUUCUCAAGGUUGUACACCUAUUUCUCUUUCACAGAAUUUUCAUUUUGGACAACCACAGGAAUCAAGCAGGAAUCAGACUCCAUUGGCAACAGUUACUGAAGCUUUUUCAAAAGGGAGAUCUGAUACAGUUACUGUUAAAGAAAUAUGUUGCAGCUCUGAUACAGAAGGCAGUUUAAAUACACCAUAUAAAGGUUUGACUGUAAGAUCCAGAGCAUAUGUGUUGGCAUCUCGGUCCAGUGAGAGCAUACGAUCAUUUUGUGAUGACACAUAUGAUGUUUCCUCUGCACAAUUUUCCUCGGCAGAUGAAAUCAUGGAAAAUGAGUUGUCAAACCAGUGCAACAGUAAACCAAAAGAAAAAGUAUCCAUUCCUGUUGCACACCAGCCUAAGCACUCUUCAUGUAGACAAGGACCCAGUACCUCUAGAGACGUGUUAUCCCCACUAAAAGAACUAAAGAUUUCAAGGUCAAAAUCUGAAAAUGAUAUCAUAACAUCUUUCUCUGGUAAAGAAUUGCAUGCAGUAAGUUCAGCUACCUUUUCUGAGUAAAUGCAAAAUUGGUGAUCAGUAUUUGUAUAUUUAAUAGAACUGCUUUAACUAGUCUCACAGUUGUUGAUGACUCUAAUUUUUCUCUAAAGCACCAAAUUAUUUGAAUGAAUAUACUUACAUAAAGCAUGAAGAAACAUGAAGCUGAGUUUUCCAAUAGGAAAGGUAUUGAAUAGCAGGAAUGUAUCAAGAUUUUUAAAAAAUGUAUACAUACUAGGCAACAAACAUUUUUAAUUCUCAGAAAUUAAAUCUUGACAAAAUA